AUGACAUGUACGGAUCAUUAUAAUCUCAGAUAUCCGGCCAUUCUCGACGGUAAUUCUGAUUUAUUGGCAAAGAGGCGAAGAAAUAGAUUCAUCAUCCCACUCGAAUCGAUUCAAGAAGGCGAGAACCAACUAAUACCUUCUUCAGAGACAUCUCCAAUCGUUAGUCUUGGGCAGUUUCUUUGUGAAAAUGUAUGUAUAGCAAAAAAAGGACCGCAUUUAAAAUCGGGUCAAGUUCUAAUUGUUCAAGUUGACUCUGUGGUAAUACGAUCAGGUAAGCCUUAUUUGGCUACUCCAGGAGCAACUGUUCAUGGACAUUAUGGGGAAAUCCUUUACGAAGGCGAUACAUUAGUUGCAUUUAUAUAUGAAAAAUCAAGAUCUGGUGAUAUAACGCAAGGUCUUCCAAAAGUGGAACAGGUGUUAGAAGUACGUUCGAUUGAUUCAAUAUCGAUGAAUCUCGAAAAGAGGAUUGAGGGUUGGAACAAAUCUAUAACAAGAAUUCUUGGAAUUCCUUGGGCAUUCUUGAUUGGUGCUGAACUAACUAUAGUGAAAAGUCGUAUCUCUUUGGUUAAUAAGUUCCAAAAGAACCAUGACCUUGCCUCACCUCACCAACUUGCACUUUUGGAUUUGAUUUUUUUGGUUGUGAACAGAUCGGGAAAGAACCGACUAUAUAACAUCUCACAGACCUUCACCCAUUCUCCUCUUUCUACUGCACUGUUAGGAGCCAAAGAGGUCUUCCAUUUACUGCUAGCCCAGAUCAAAGUUCAAAAAGUUAAAAUCUAUGAAAAAGGAAGAAUAUUGGAGUACUGUGCUUCUAAUCAGGGAACCGGUGGAUCUACGUUGAUCAAGUUCAGAUUAGUUAUGUUGAGUGGUUCAUGCAAGGAAGUAUCAAGUAGACAUCCAGUAUGUACUUGGGGCCAUAAAAUAGAGAGGGCUGUUGAAGACAUGAUUCACACCAAUGUUGAAGUAAUUAAGCCUACUUAUGGAGCACAAGUUGAGAAAGUAGAGUUGGAAAUCGAUGUUACAAGAGAAAAAGAAAGAGAAAUCAGAAGUUAA